AUGUCCUUCAAUUACUUUGAAACUUUAUCAAAAGAAGCAGCGGAAAGGUAUCAGCGAAAGAUAAAUCUUCUAGGGUUAAGUAAAUGUCCAUACAAGUUUACAGCAGAUUCUUGGAGUGAAGAUCCAAGUAUCUAUUCUCCAGAAGCAAUGGAAAACUAUAAGGCAUUAGAGGCUUGGAGAUUCUUUCAAGAUGGGUGGGUCCAAACUAUUGUCCAUAUGAAAGUAUGUCAGAAUGUUACUAUCUUGAAAUGUAAGGUUCGACCUUCAUAUAGGACCACAUCUCCUAACCAUAAACCUUGGGUUGCUCUUAACUCUCUUGGUAAUGUUUUAACUGCUCACUGUGACUGUAUGGCUGGUCUUGGUGAAACGUGCUCACAUGUUGCUGCAAUGCUAUAUAAAAUUGAAGCUGCUGUUCGUAUUGGAAUGACAUCAAGCACAUCAACUGACUUGCCUUGUCAAUGGAACCAAACAUUUACGAAAAGUAUUGUUGGCUCCCCAGUUGCUCAAAUCAACUUAUAUUCUGAUGCUGCAAAAGAAAAACUUUCAAAAAGAGUAAAAGAAAAAUGCCUAUUUCUCCAACACCUCAAGAAAAAAAUGAUUUUUAAUCAGAAAUACAAACUGUGCAGCCCAAAACUGCUGCUCUUCAUUUGUUAUGAUAAGGAGUUUAUUCAAAAAGAAUCUGCUGUCGUACCAAAAUUACCAACAUCUUUGAGAGAGUUUUUUAAUGAAAACUAUAAAUCACUUAAUAAUGAACAAAAGCUAUCUUAUCUUGAUGAGAAAAAAAAAAGAAAUAAAUUUGACUUCUGA